CAACAAGCGCCACAUCACUCCCAGGAGAGGCCGUCGCCGCCUCGCCGCGCGCCAGCCCCGAGCCCAGGCAGCCCCAUAGCAACCCCCACCAAAACGCCGCCGCCGCGCUUUGUGUAAAGCACCAUGUCGGGCACGGCGGGCUACGGCUAUGGCAUCUGCGGCCACAAGAACACGUACUGUUGCGGCGUUAUGAACGGGAAUUACGUCGAGGAUCAAUAUGGAAGAGAUUUAGCAAAGAUGGAGACGCGCGGGGAGGCCUUCGUGCCCCAAUCUACCUCUCAAGAGUCUUAUAUCGACCCCAAGGACAUGGUCGACCGCGCCGGCGACGCGGACAAGUUCCAGUCGAAUCCCCUGGAUGACCAGCGAGGCGGGUUGAGUGCGGAAUUGCUCUUCAGCCACGACGGCGACCUGCCGGCGCGCGAGAAGGCGAAGCUCAAGCCCGGGCCCCUGAAGAUCGGCGGCACGCUGCCGCACCCCUGCACGCAGAUGCGCGAGCACGCGAAGCGCGUCAAUAGGCAGGCCUACGACCUGAAGCACCCGACGACCGAGGCCGUGCAGUCGCAGAAACACGCGCUCAAGCCGGCUUUUAGGAUUCGGGUCGAGGACGCCGAGCCGCUGCCCGUCUUCAACCGGCGCAAGCUCAUGUGCUAGAGCCCUAAGUACAUGUUCAUU